UGGAAAGGCUGGAACCACUGGCUCUGUAGUUCUGCAGGAAAAGGAAACUGAACAAAUCCACCUCUGCUUGCAGCUUUUAGCAGCAAAAAUAGUUAUCUCUCUCCCAACGUGCUGAAGGAUCCCCUGUAAAUGUGAAUAUCCAGAGCUGAGCACAUCACCCCCAUAGCUUCAACCCUCUCUAAACACAACACUAAGUACCUUUGAAACAUUAGUGAGCAUGGGCACACCUUCCAUGAAGAUACAGUCCAGCAAGCUGAAAAGCCAGUUCUGGCCAACAGGGGAGCAAACAAAUUGUAUCUUUAUAUUGAAAGCGAGCAGGUAGUUAAGCAAGCACUGCUCGGGUCACCAGAGAAACACUAGUCAGCAGCCACCCUUCAGCAAGGUGACCUACCCAGCAGCAUCUUCCCCUUAGUUCCUCUCCUUUCUCAGAAGCCAUUGGUAAAGAGAAUGAAAUGCAGAGGCAAGCCUGGCUUCUCUGAACACUUGCCUACCUGGCUGCACUACACCCUAGAAGCAGUGCAAGAAGUUUCCAUGCUGGUUGGAAAAGACCCGGCUGUGCUCGGCUCACAAAGCUGCUCUAGGUAGCGCGUGGGGUCCCUCCUGCCAGGCCACAGCGUUUGCUCCUUGCAUCAACACACAUCCCACCAACAGGCUUCAGGGUCAACUCCCUCUUCUGAUGGACCUUGGAAGAUGUAGGGAGUUCAGUCUAAAAAUAUUGGGUAAAAGAAACGAAAAGCAGCAGCAUUUCUCUGAAGUGGUUCUGGUUUGAUUUUUUGGCCUAGAAGCUUCUUAUCCUCUUGUCCAUUUGCCCUUGAGUGACAGAUUAUAGAAAUAAUUUCUGGCCAACUAAUGCUGUGAGGUACUCAAUGCCCUUCCUCCCCACCCUCCAGCAAAGCCAGAACAGCUGGAAGAGAGCCUGGGAGCCCAAAGACCACUGCACUGCACGCAGGGCAGAGUUGGUGUCAGCCCAAACUGUAAACAAGGUGCUGUGUCUUAUCCAUGAAUUCAUGACCAGAGCCUUUAAAGGUAUUUAUUAACACAGAAAUGCAAUCAAGUGAUUGCUUUCUUGCCGUGUCAGUUUUUACUAAUCAUUAGCUACCACGAGUCUUAAAGCUUCAUCUUAAAAUUAGAACUCAGCUUGCUGACAAAACCUGUAAAGGAGAAAGUUUCCCCUGCAAUCCUCUGGACCAGUUCCGCAAGAAAGAAAAGCUGUGAAGAAUUUAUUAUUAUUAUUAUUUAAAUUCUGUUAACAUUUUAUCAAGAUUAGUAAGAACUGUUAGGAAACAAAAAGACAGAAAUUUCUUACUACCUCCAAUUCUAAAGGGUGGUUUCUGAGUUCUCUUAUACAAGACAAAGUCAUUCGAAGAGGAAAGCGCACAUGAAUCCACAGCAAAUGCACCACAACCACAGCGCUGACAGGGUAGACUAUGGAUUGCUGGAAGGGAGCCAUAAGCCACAGCUGGAUUUAUCCCACAGUGAUCAUCUGUGCAAAUGGAUUUUUCUCUGCAAUGAUGCCAUCAGAAUCUUUUCUCACUCCUUAUCUAACUGGACCAGACAAAAACCUAACGAUUGAAGAGGUUACCAACCAGAUUUUCCCUGUCUGGACAUACUCCUACCUCGCACUCCUUUUCCCAGUCUUCCUGAUUACAGACUACAUGCGCUACAAGCCCAUCCUCCUCCUCCAGGGCAUCAGCUUCAUCAUCACUUAUCUCCUGCUCCUCUUCGCACAUGGAGUGCUGGCCAUGCAGCUGGUGGAAUUCUUCUACGGCUUGGCAACAGCCACCGAGGUUGCCUAUUACGCCUACAUCUACAGUGUCGUCAGCACCGAUCACUAUCAGAGAGUGACGAGCUAUUGCAGAAGUAUCACUCUGGUUGCAGCCACCGUUGCGGCGCUGCUGGGACAGCUGCUGGUUUCCUUAGCAGAUGUAUCCUACUUUCACCUUCACGUCAUCACUCUGACUUCCGUCUCCCUGGCAUUUGUCUGCUCCUUCGCUCUCCCAAUGCCCCAAAAGAGCAUGUUCUUCCACAGAAAAGAUGUCUCGGAACCUCUCCCAGCACCAGAGAAAGCUGCGCCUCCACUCGGUUCCGACAGACCCUCGAGCUACCAAGAGGACAAGGGCUCUCCACCUGCUGACAGGGCACCAACACCUGAACAGCAGGCUGACGACGCCAAGCCCCGGAAUCAAGUGCUCAGAGUACUGGUGCAGCUGAGCAAGGACCUGAGGGACUGCUACAGCUCAAGGAAACUUCUGUACUGGUCCCUGUGGUGGGCUUUGGCCACGGCAGGCUUUAACCAGGUUCUGAAUUACAUCCAAGUGCUGUGGGACUUCAGAGCCCCAUCUCACAGCUCUGCAGUCUACAACGGGGCUGUUGAAGCAAUAGCAACGUUUUUAGGUUCAGCAACAUCCAUGGCAGUUGGAUACAUCCAAGUGAACUGGGAUCUUUCUGGAGAACUCGCUUUGGGAAUUUUCUCUGCAAUGGACGCUAGUUCUCUGUUUCUUAUGCACUUUAUUGAUAACAUCUGGGCAUGUUAUGCUGGUUACCUUGUGUUUAAGGCAUGCUAUAUGCUUCUUAUAACAAUAGCAACGUUCCAGAUCGCUGUCAAUCUAAGCAUGGAGCGUUAUGCUUUGAUGUUUGGCUUCAACAACUUUAUUGCACUGUUGCUUCAGACCAUUUUAACUGUUGUUGUAGUAGAUUCAAAAGGUCUGGGACUGGAUAUCAGCACCCAGUUUCUCAUUUAUGGCAGCUACUUUACAUUCAUAGCUGGAAUUUUCCUUAUCAGAAGCAUAUACACCAUUACCUCCAUCAAAUGCAGAAAUACCGAUGUGACUGGUGAAAGCAUUGAUCAGUAACGAAGGAGACAAACCAUGGUGGCAAGUGACGGUGCAGGAGGCUGCAUCAUCUGAACAAUGGAUUCAGAGAAACAAUGUUCAAUCAAGCAAGACUGGUCAAUGGUUUAAGAGGCUGUGAUGAGCUUAUGGCACAAAGAGCUUUCUCAACAGGACGAUGCAUUUUGCCCAUUCUCUUCACCAGUAGUUUAAUACCAAACAAUUCUCAAAACAAUCUUCUAUUCCAACUCGCAUUCAGUGAUCCAACACCAAUGCUUCUAUUAAUGCUCAAUGAGUACAACAAGCAAAUCCAUAUAAAUGCUGGAACUUCACUGCAGAACAGCUUAUAGAACACAACCUUGGAACUUUCACUUCUACUAAUUAUUUCAAUUAAAGGCAAUUUAGUCAGACACAAGACCUUCAAACAUACCUAGGGAACCUAAACAAGCAGUUGCCCCAUAACAGCAAGCUGAUCUGUUGGAAAGCUUGCUACAAGAAACCUUUUGAAAACUUAACACUUCAACCAGACAUUGUGAUGUGCAUUUUUAAAGUUAACAGUAAUAAACCUUUUUCCAGAAGACAUUCCUUCUGUAUGUUCAAAGGUGGAUUAGUACAACACUAUAAGGAUGUAAGGAAUGUAACGAAAACACAUCAUCAUAUAACAGAUAAACUGCUAGUAAAGCAGUGACAGAUGUACUGCAAGUUUGUUCAAGAUGUGCAAAUACAACACAAACCUUCCCUAAAAGUGUCUGUCUCGAUAAGCACACACAUUAAUUACAUCUUACAACUGCCAUGACCCACACAUUUAACUGUCAGUUAAAUGUUUUUUAAAAAAACUGACACUUCAAUUUAUAUACAAGGCAGUCUUACUCACAUAACAUGACUAAAAGUUAAUUAAGUGAUGUUCUUGCACCUGUGUUCAACAAUAUUCACUUUGAACUCAAACAUCAGACAGCAGCAAAUCCCAUUGUGUCAAUAUGCCAAUAGGACAAAACCAGACAUUCACGUGAGGAGUGCUAUUGUAAGAAGCUCUUGUAUAAGCUGCCCAUCUCCUGCUUUGAGAUCUCCAAAGCGUCAAACAAAAGACAAGAUACAGAAACUACUGCCCUCCGAUGGGCAAGCGGCAGAAGUCAAAAGCAGUGGCAGAAGAGCGUUUCUACAAGCAGUGGUCAACUCCUUCAACUCGCCUAGAAAUAAGCAGCUGUAACAUUGAGGCAGUCAAGUACAAGUGAGAUGUCUUACCUUCAAGAAUUUCUGUGUUUGUCUCAAAAGGGCUUGCACAUACUUUUGUCAAAAAUAAAUCUGAUCUUAUUUAUUCCUGUUACCAUGAAGGCUGUUAACAUUUGAUUCUCCAGCUGGUCAGAAACCUUUAAGCUUGCAGUUUAUGUAUUGAUUAUAUAUUUACAUUAUUUGCUUAAUUCCAGUAUUACACUUGAACUUAAGCUAAGUUACCUCUGCAUUUAAAACACCAUCACCAAUUGCUCUGACAGAGUAAUAGUCUUCUUAAACUUUCUCACUAUUAUGGACUAGCCAAGCCAGAGAGUUCCCCCCCCUACAAAUUCCGUUCUAGUAUGACAGGAAGUAUUGAAUGAAUAAACAAAUAGAAGUCAAUGAUUUUAAUAUUCCCCAGGAGGGCUUACUAAUACACAUUAUUUUAAUAAAAAUCCACCUGCUAUCAUACAUUGUUUUGCUCACAACUAAGUCUCUUUCAAAGCCUGUCCUUAGCCACCCCCCAUUACGUGUCUUUUGCAGCCAAGCAUUUCCUUAGUAACCAGCCUCCUCAGUCCUCGCAGCCUCCUUCAUCACAACGUUAUUCUGUCAAAAUAAUCCAAACUCACUUAACAUUGUCCUGCUCAAAGAUCACUUCACUUGAGCCAGAGCAGCAAGCUUUAUCACAAGGACAAAGAAACAUAUCCAAGUGAAGCACGUGAAAACAUUAAGCUUACCUCAACUUUAAGCAGGUUGAUUUGGUAACUCGUCUGCUUAUGAGACUCAUUACAUACAUUUUAACCCAAUAAAACAUUACUGCACAGAAAUAAGGCUACACAAUUGCUUUUUCUAAUAUUUAUUUUUUUCACCUGCAAACUGUAGCAAAACAUGAUCAGCUUUAUUAUGCAGACAGGUAUCCCUCUAACAUUAGAGAUUUAGGCAUGUAUAAAUAGAAGAGCUCUUAGGAAAGAAAAACAUUUUGAGAAAUGAACAAACCUUCAAUUUAACUUCAUGACUUCCAAUACCAACAGUUAAAGUGAUGUAGCUCAUUCAUUCCAAGAGAUACAACAGCACCUUAAAGUGGCUGAUCUAUUCCCCAGUAACAUUUUUCACAUAACAAUGUGUUAAAGUUACAAAUACUGAUAUGCACAAAUAGCUAUUUUCUAAGAAAAAUAUGUACAGUACUGCAGCAUAAUGAAUGUGGUAUCUGCAAUAACUUAUUAGCCAAUUGUAAUAUACAUGAUACCGCUACUUUUUACCUGCCAGCUCACAGGUUCAAGGAUGUUACCACAGCCCUCUGUUUUGCACGUUAUUACUUGGUGUGGGGGUUGAUUUUCUUGGGUUUUGUGUAUGUAUUUGUUUUAAAACUUUUUUAAAGAUACACAAUGCAGGCUUUUAUUUUUAUUUCUUAAAGACUUCUUCUGUGUUUAAAGCUAAUAUCAGUGAAACAAGACAACAGUGCAAGAGGCGCAGAGAUGUUAUGUGACCACAUAAAAGUUCUUUUGGGUAAAGUGUCUAUAAGGCUAUAAGAAAGGAUUGGUUGAUGAGCUUCCUGUUGGAAAUUGUCCUGUUGGUGCACCAGCC